AUGCAGCGCCGCCUCUGCGCCCUGCUCCUACUGGCGUCCCACUGCUUGGGCUCGGCCGCCGGGCUCUUCCCCUUCGGGGAGCCCGACUUCUCCUACAAGCGCUCCAACUGCAAGCCCAUCCCCGCCCCGAUGCUGCUGUGCCGGGGCAUCGAGUAUCAGAGCAUGCGGCUGCCCAACCUGCUGGGGCAUGAGACCGUGCAGGAGGUGCUGGAGCAGGCCUCCACUUGGAUCCCGCUGGUGCAGAAGCAGUGCCACCCAGACACCAGGAAGUUCCUCUGCUCCCUCUUUGCCCCUGUCUGCAUCGACGACCUGGACGAGAUCAUUCAGCCCUGCCACUCGCUCUGCGAGGAGGUGAAGGAGAGCUGCGCCCCGGUGAUGUCCGCUUUCGGCUUCCCCUGGCCUGAUAUGCUGGACUGCAGCCGCUUCCCCAAAGACAAUGACCUCUGCAUCCCGCUGGCCAGCAGCGACCACAUCCUCCCCGUCACCAGGGAAGCACCCAAAGUCUGCGAUGCCUGCAAAAACAAAAAUGAAGACGAUAACGACAUUGUGGAAAACCUCUGCAAAAAUGACUUUGCCUUGAAGAUAAAAGUGAAGGAGAUUGCCUACAUCAAUGGGGAUACCAAGAUCACCCCCGAAACAAAGAGCAAAACCAUCUACAAGCUGAAUGGCUUGACAGAAAGGGAUCUGAGGAAGAUUGUGCUCUGGCUCAAAGGUGGCCUCCAGUGUACCUGCGACGAGAUGAACGACAUCAAUGUCCCCUACUUGGUGAUGGGGCAAAAGCAAGCUGGGGAACUGGUUAUCACCUCUCUGAAGCGGUGGCAGAAAGGGCAGCGGGCUUUCAAGCGGUUCUCCCGCAGCAUCCGCAAACUCCAGUGUUAG